AUGAAGACUUCGACCGGCGACGGUGCCUCGCAAGGACCCCGGCAGACUCGGCCGCCCUCGGGCUCGCCCAUCAUCAACCACCACAGCCAGGAUGGCAUCACUCCCACCUCCAGGAUUCAGGCCUCUGCCAAGGGCACCAUAUCAAUCCCGAGCGCCGACAAUUUAACGCCUCCGUCCGACUCGUCCACCGACUUAUCACCAUCAUCGCCCAAUACGCAAGAUGAUCACUUCUUCGGCUCCAAAGAGGGCGCUGAUCGCGGCGCACCCCUCAAGCUCUCGAGGUCAGGUUCUGCCAGCCCGUUUCGCCUCUCGCUGCCCAUGAUCACUCCCGGUCAACUGGCGUUCUCCACAUUGCAGUUCCUGCCGGUGCCCAUACUGGUCCUGGACAAUCUCAAAACCGUGGUCAUGGCCAACAGUGCUAUGGGCCGCUUGCUCGGCAUGUUGGAUGACUUGUCAGCUGGUCUGGACGACCCGUCGGCCGUAGUUGACAGGCUUCGUGGCCAGACUCUUUCACAGGUCGGCGUAGAUUUGGUCGACGAGGGGAAGCCCGUGUGGAUAUCUUGGGAUGCUUUCUUUGACGAAUUGACUGCCGAGCAAGAAGUGUCGCAGGUCGAGGCUGCUGAUUCCGCCGCCACAUCUGUGAGCGAAAGCACCCCGACGCCUUCGGAAGCCAACGCGUACUUUCCACGUUCGCCCACGAAAGAGACUGGAGCGAAAAGCCAAAGCUCCGCCGUUGACGUGGUUGUUUUGUCAGCCGGCUUCAACCCAACCAGUGAUGCGAGGUCAAAGGCAGCGAAGCACACGAGCGCGAAGAUGCUCAUCACAAUAUGGGAACUGGAAGGUCACCAGACUUAUUACACCUUGACCUUUACUAAUACCGACUCACCGCCACCGCUUUCUGCAGGGCCCAAGAUUUCUGUUGCGCGGCCCUCGUCCCUGGAAGCUGCGGAGCGCAGGUCGAUCACAAGUUCAAACCCCCCGUCAACCAAUUCCAGUCAAAGUCAUGGCUCGAACUCGACUUCAUUCCGGAUCAGUCCCAGCACAGUGGCAGUUUCCGCCGCACCAUUCCCACCGAUGGGCCCUCCACCUCGCUUGUCGCAUUCCUCAACCCCAUCAGCCCUGCUCAAACUCACUGUCAUCAAGGACGCUUUGUUGGACAACACCGAGAUGCCAAUCCUGGCGAUGUGGAAAGACGGCACUGCCCCAGUGCUGAACAGAGCGGCCCGAGAACUGAUCAAAGACAGCAGGGCCACUGCCAGUACUGAUGGGCUCGACUUGCUUGCUCAUUGGGACGUCUGGACCGAGGACUUCAGCCGAAUGCUCACUGCGGACGAAUUUCCAAUCAAUGUCCUUCUCCGUGAGCAAACGCCGUUCUCCGGAAUGCGAGUCGGCAUGAUCAACCGGAGGACCGAUAGCAAAAUCAUCUACGACAUGCUCGGUGAAAUCAUAACAGACGAUGAGACGGGUGAAGUCGUGGCGGGAGUUGUGACCUGCCGUGAUGUUACGCCUUUGACCAAUGAAAUAACGCAGAUUAAGGAGGCGGACGAGGAGCGGUUCCAGGUUAUUUGUGACAGCAUGCCGCAAAUGAUUUGGACAACAACACCUGACGGCAUGCACGACUACUUCAACAACAGGUGGUACGAGUACACGGGUUUGACUCCAGACGAAUCGCUUGGUCUGGGAUGGAAGAACCCAUUCCACCCCGAUGACAUGGCAGCAACAGCGGCACGGUGGCAGCACAGUCUGGCCACCGGUGAUCCAUACGUGACUGAAUAUCGGUGCCUCAGCAAAGACGGCGAAUGGCGCUGGAUGCUUGGGCGUGCUCUUCCCCUGCGGAACAAGCAGACGGGAGAAAUCACAAAGUGGUUCGGAACCUGUACGGAUAUCCACGAGACACUUGAAGCUCAGCUCGUCGCCGAACAGACAAACUCGCGUCUCAAAACAGUUCUCAGCCAUGCCCAGACGACUAUAUUCACUGUAGACCGGCAAAGUCGACUGACGAUGCUGGAGGGAGCCAUGGUGUGGAAUCGGCAGAAGGGGCACGCUUCUCGCUUUGAUUCUAGGAAAUGCAUCGGCCGCAAGGUUGACGAGGUCUUUGUGGAGAUCAACCCUGACACAAAAGAAGGCGAGGCGAAAGAGUUCCUUAGCGGUCUACAUGACAUUCUCGCUGACCGCCAAGCUCGCGACAUCGUUCAUGAGCAUGGUUUAGGGAACCGCUUCUACCGGACCAGGUUUCUACCUUUCCAAGAUCAUAAUCCCCAGAGCGACGAAUUUAGUGAUUCCUCCACAUCAAAGAAAUUCGAUGGUGUCAUCGCCGUCAUCACAGACGUCACGGAACUCAAGACGAGGGAACACGACCUGAAGAUUCAGGCGAGGGAAAAAAGGCAGCUGCUUGCCAACGAGGCAGCUGCGAAAGAGGCUAGUCGGUUGAAGAGCCAAUUCCUCGCAAACAUGUCACACGAGAUCCGCACGCCCAUCACCGGUGUUAUUGGGAUGGCCGAACUUUUACUGGAUCUGCCGCUCGGAGAUGAGCAAAAGGAGUACGCCAUGAACAUCGGUCGCUCCGCGAAUGCACUUCUUACCGUCAUCAACGAUAUCCUCGACUUCUCGAAAGUGGAGUCAGGUCACCUCGACAUUGAGGAAGUUCAGUUCUCACUAUCAGUAGUUGUGCAGGACGUAUCAAAGAUGCUGAGCUUCGCUGCGGAGCGCAAACACCUAGAUUUUCGGUCGGACAUAUCGCAGGACAUCGCCGACGGUCUGGUCGUUCUGGGGGACCCAGGCCGUGUUCGGCAGAUCAUCACCAAUCUGUUGACAAACAGCAUCAAGUUCACCAAUCACGGUCAUGUCAGCUUUUCCGUGCUGAAGGAGAGGGAAUACGGGGACACGAUCGAAAUCAAGUUCGUCGUCGAAGAUACAGGCAUCGGUAUCGAUGAUGACGUGCAGAAGAGGUUGUUUCAGCCGUUCAGCCAAGGCGACCCUUCCACGGCACGAAAGUUUGGCGGCACGGGACUUGGCCUCACAAUCUCAAAGAAUCUGCUGGACUUGAUGCGGGGGCGCAUGCAGCUUCAAUCGUCCCCUGGCAAUGGAACCACUGCCACCUUUUGGAUUCCAUUCACCAAAUCAACCAGCCCGCAGAACGCGUCUCUCGUGGAGAUAGGUCCGUUGCCUGAUCGUCUGCAUUCAGAGAUGAGCGUCUCAUGCAACAGCUCUGACCACGACCACGGCGGCAAUCCUGCCGUUGACGGUCCGUACGGCAACGGGGCUAUUGCCCGAUCGUACAAAGGACUGAUGCCGGUUUCACCACUCGGCGUCAGGGCUGAAGAUCUCCCCAGGUCAGAACGAGCCAAGAUCCAAGUUCUCGUGGUAGAGGAUAAUGCAAUCAAUCAGCAGAUCGCCACGAAAACUAUUGAGAAGCUCGGAUUCAAAGUUUCUGCCGCGUGGAAUGGCAAAGAAGCGCUCGAGUACCUGGAGGCUUGUCAGCAGGGCACCCUGGUGAAGCCUGACAUCAUCCUAAUGGAUGUGCAGAUGCCUGUAAUUGAUGGCUACCGCUGCACGCACAUCCUCAGACAUCACCUGCCUUACAAAGCCUACGCGCAAGACGUCCCGAUUGUCGCCAUGACAGCGUCAGCCAUACAGGGUGACAAGGAGAAAUGCACUAAAGCUGGCAUGGACGAUUACCUCGCGAAACCAGUGAAGAGUCAGACUCUAGAGCAGAUGCUCAUAAGGUGGAGCAAGACGAAACGACGAGCACUGCCGAUCCUCUCGCGCUCGCAAUCCCACUCGGAUUGUUCCGAAUCGACCGAUCACUGCUUAAGCACAGACAUCCCACGGACCGGAUUUCACUCGCCGGCUGAGACACAUGAAGACCUGCAUCCGUUGAGCGGCAAUACAUUUCAUGCGGAGAUAGACGAACGGCAGGGCUUACCAACCCCUAAGCCUUUUGUCCCGAGACCUGGUACUCACGAGAUGACGGGAUUUCCGUUCGGGCUGACUCAAGCGACACGUCAGCUGGAUCCAAAUGAGUUGGCCAUGCAGCUGCGAGACGAUAAAUUGCUUGGCGCUGCCAGCAGUGGAGAGAUGUCCACUUCAGCUUCGCCCAAUGUCCUUCCUGAAGGGGACUCGCUCACUGAGGCCAACAUUGAGAGGCUCUCGACCCAAGAGGGCACAAGACCUGUCUAUGCGAGGACAAAAACACAGGACUGGAGUACACGACGACAGUCAUGA